UAUUGUAUUUUUUUGAUAGUCUUGGAACCUAUUGAAUUUCGUUACAAAAUGUCCUUCCAUCAGCGAACAACUGAACAAUCUGUGGAAAAAUCACGUCAAAUUGAAGAAAAACUUCAGAAAACUCUUGAUAACAUUGAAAUAGCUUCAAAUAGAGAAGAUUUAGUAACUGAUUCUAUCCAAUUUAAACAAAAAUUAGACAUCGAAGUUUUAAAAUCAAGACUUGAGGAAAUGACUGAACAAUAUGACAGAGAGUAUGAAAAUCUAGAUGGACAAAUAUCGUAUAAGUCAAACGCAAUGGACGCUAUGCGAGAUCAAUAUAAAGAUUGUUUGGCAAAGUUAGAAUUCUACAAGUCAGAUAUUGGAAGAUUAAGGGAUUGGCAAGAAAUGUGGAAACUAAAGAAAAUCGACGAUGCUAAUGCUGAAUUACUGAAACUAUCAAAACAAAAGAAAAAGAAGGGUUCUAAGAAAGCCAAGAAGAAGAAAUAGAUAUUUAAUUUGGCAAUACUUUUUUAAAUAAAUUCAAUAUAUA